GUCUUUAGGCGACCCGGAAGCGGAAGUUGAAGAAAGUUCUAGUGACUUGAGGUCUCGGCGAGAGCACCCGGGAAGCGGGAGGAACCGUUAGCGGAGCUAAAGCUGCUGGUUAAACCUGAUCAAGAUGACAACGUCCCAAAAGCACCGAGACUUCGUGGCAGAGCCCAUGGGGGAAAAGCCAGUGGGGAGCCUGGCAGGGAUUGGUGAAGUCCUGGGCAAGAAGUUGGAGGAAAGAGGCUUUGACAAGGCCUAUGUGGUCCUUGGCCAAUUUCUGGUACUAAAGAAAGAUGAAGACCUCUUCCGGGAGUGGCUGAAGGACACGUGUGGUGCCAACGCCAAGCAGUCCCGGGACUGCUUCGGGUGCCUCCGGGAGUGGUGUGAUGCCUUCUUGUGAUGCUGUCUGGGGAGCCCUCAAUCCCCAGCCCCAGGGUCCGAGUCUCUAGAGUUCACAGCUGAGUGGGGGCACCUCACUCUCGUCUACAAUGGAAAAGAUUGCUGUUGUCAUACUCACCUCUGGUGUAUUCAAGGGUCUUUUGGGAGUUCUCUCCCCCACACCAUUUCAACUUUUUUGGAAAUGUCACUCUUGCAUGCAUCUCCCUUCCUCAUCCUUCCCUUGCCAGUUCCUUGGCGACAAUUGCCAGCUUUCUUGAGUGGAUUCCCAGCCCCUUUCCCUCACUUCCACCUCAUCUCUGGUCUGUAUGAUGCCAUUUGGCUCCCUUUUUUGGACAGAACAGUCACUGUUUUUAGAUCAAUAAAGUCAGCGGCUUUCAUGA